UCCAAAAGCCAGGCCAGCCGCGGUAGUCGCGGUCAGCCAACCGCCACCGGUCAGGAUGGAAGGUGGCGACCCCGCCGUGAUGGGCGAGGGCGAGGGCGAGGGCGGAGGGGGCCCGAAUGGCGUGCAGCAGACGCAGUGGAAGCCGAGUUGGAAAGGCUACGGCUGGGGCAAAGGCUGUGGCUGGGGUAAAGGCUGGGGUGGCUGCAAAGGUGGCUUGAAAGGUGGCAUGAUGAUGAUGAACAACAUGAAGGGCAAGGGCAAAGGCAAAUGGCAGCCCCGCUGGCCUUCGGGCCCCAACCUGGCGCGGGCGCGGGUCUCAUCGGAGCCCGUCACAGGAGAGGUUCUAGAAUGGAAAGGGAAGUAUGGCUGGAUCAAGCCAACUGUCCCGGUGGAGCAUCCCAUGGCAGACCGGCACAAGGGCCACAUCUACGUGAGCAUCAACGACCUCCAAGGUGGUUUGGAGGCCUUGACGGUGGGCAGUCUCUGCCAAUUUCACCUCUUUGAGGAUGCCAGCGGCCUUGGAGCUGAAGAAGUGAUCGGUUCAUGACGGAGUCGGAUGGGGGAUUUGAAGUGCCUAUCCCUACGGAACAUCGAAGAAACGAUGGAAAACUAC